UGGAAUUUACAAUCGAGCAAUGCGUUUCUUGACCCUUUGAUCAUAUUUUGUAGUGAUUUCAAAUAUAUAUUCAUUUAAUUUGGAGUACCAGUCGAGUGCGGAUCUACUCUGCGGGCUUCUGCCAUAAAUAAGUUUCUGCAAAUUGAAUUCUUCUACAUAUUCAUUACAAUCAUGUGUGUGGUUUAUUAGUCUUGGGAGUUGACUAUCAGGGCUGAGAAUCGAAACUUGUCCUACUGUGUUAAGUUCGACACAAAUGGCUGUUGCGGGUUUAUAUAAUGUAUUGGCAUAUAGUCCUCCUUUCUUUGAAAAGUCUCAACCUAGCACUCGGGCAUCUUCUCUUUUGCAAAUGUGGCGGGAGAUUGAGAGUGAGCAUGUAGUGGGUCAUUCUCCUAGCCCAAGGCCACUGAGGAGUGAUGUUUCAGAUUCUGACCAAUUGAGUGCGAUAACUUCAGAUGGACAAAGGAGUGAUAACGGGGAUUAUAACUCUGAAGAUGCCAUCGAGGUUGAGAAUCAAGGCCGAAUGGGGUUGCAGAAUGACUAUGAGGAUAGUAACAGCACUAUUUCUGAGCAAUUUAUUGAUUUUGGAGAAUUUGGAAGAGAACGGGUAAGGCAAAUUUUUCGGGAAUGGAUGAACUGUGGUGCUAAGAGUCAUUCUGCUACUGUUCUGCGUAUGGACAAGCAAUCAGGGCCACAAUGGCUUGCGGAGAACGAAUGUGAAAGGGUGAGAGUCAUAAGAGAAUGGGUCCAGAAGAAUACCCAGCAGGGCAGCAGUUGUGGCUCAUGUAGAGAUGGAGACGCUGAAAUUGGUUCUCAAUUUGAGCAGGUGCGUGAUGGCUUGGCAGUCAAUCAUUCCGAGGUUGGCGCACGGAGGCCCAUUCAAAGAUUAUGUGGCAGACAGACUCUUCUUGAUCUUCUUCUGAGGGCCGAACAGGAAAGAAGAAGAGAACUUCAGGGUUUGUCUGAGCAGAGGCCAGUAUCAGACUUUGCUCAUCGCAAUCGCAUUCAGGCAUUACUUCGUGGCAGGUUCCUUCGAAAUGAAAGAUUAAUCUCGGAUCAGAGACCAUGUUCAAUAGCUGCAACUGAAUUGGGUAUGCUGAGUCAAAGACAUGCAGUAUCUGACCUCAGGGAAGGAUUUCUCUCCAGAGUGGACAAUUCUGCUCAGAUUUUGAUGAACAGCAAUAAUGAGCAUAUAGAUGAACACGAGGUAAUCACUGGUAAAUCACAGCCUACUUUCAGGGAAAGGGAUACCACUAUGAUUCUUCCAGCAGGAGACUCAGAAAGGGGCACACAUGAAAACAUUACUCAACAGGAGUUUGUUAUAGAACGUACUUCUGAAGUAGAGGAGCCAGUUUUGGACAAUGAGGAAACGUUGCAAGAAGCAUCAACAGAAGAGGUUGAACGGGCUCGUAGUAGACAUGGUAUAGAGAUCAAUGACACUGGAACUACCAUGGAUGAUAUUGCCAAUGAACGGUCAUUGGAAAAUGUGAAUGUCGAUGGCAGUGAACAUCUUGAAGUUUUUGCUGAAAAUUAUGAACAUAGAACCGAGGUAAAUUAUGCCCAUGAGGUAGCUGGUUACUCUGAUAAUGUGGAACGAAAUGCAAAUGAAGAAUUUGAUUGGGAAGAUUCUUCAACUCAAUUGGACAGAUUGCGAGAGAGAGUAAUUGAGAAUGAAGAAAGUAGCUGGCAACAGUUAACUGGCAUUCCAUUUUGUGAGUGGGCAGAUGAUAGAGGUUGGCAGGGAAACUCUGCUAAUCAGCGGUUUCAAGAAACAUCUGGUAAUGGUGUGGAGCGAGUUCAGAUGCAAGAAUCGCAUGAAGAUUGGCGAGGUCAUGACUUGCAAGAGGCUCUUGGUAGUCGGUUAGAUGUGCCUUCUGGAGAAGACAAUGCAUCCAUUGGAAGAAUUGGAGGAGUUUACUUCCCAGAUGAUGAUAAUGUUUACAGCAUGGAACUUAGGGAGGUUUUCAGCCGGAGACGUGUUUCUAGUCUUCUUCGAAGUGGUUUCCGCGAAAGUCUAAGCCAGGUUCUACAAUCACACUUGGAAAGGCAAGGUCACGCUUCUAGUGAUUGGGAGUUGGACAAUGCUUCUUCUUCUCUUGCUCCCACUGAACAAGUUGAAGAACAGAUAAAUGGUGAUCAAGACUUGGCUCAGGAUGGCACAGAAAGAAAUCCAUUUGUUUUCUCCUCUCCAUUCGGCAAUGCUUUACAGCGAAUUUCAGAUGAAGAAUUGCAGGAUGCAAACUGGCCAUGCAACAGCUCUUCACAGCUCUUGGGAAUUGAUUGGGACGUCAUCAAUGAAUUGAGAGUUGAUAUGGCCAGGCUUCAGCACAGGAUGGACGAUAUGCAGAGGAUGCUCGAGGCAUGCAUAGACAUGCAAAUAGAAUUGCAGCGCACACUGCGUCAAGAGGUUUCUGCUGCCUUAAAUCGGUCAAAUUUAUCUACAGAUAAGCUUGCAGGUACUAUGCCUAUCAAUGAAUGUCAAUGGAAUCACGUGAAGAAAGGAAUAUGUUGUCUAUGUCAUGAUAGCCACAUAGAUUCCCUGCUGAACAGGUGUGGACACAUAUGCACCUGUUCAAAAUGUGCCCAAAAAUUGGUCCAAAAUACCGGGAAAUGUCCACUGUGCCAGGCACCAGUAAUUGAGGCUGUCCAAGCGUACUUUAUACAGUAAUGGAAAAAGAAAAAAACAUAAAUAGGUGAAAAGAGUAGAAUGAUUCAAGUUGAAGUAAGAAGGUUGCCUUUCAGACAAACACAGCUCUAGCUUCUGGGUUCUCGUCCUGGUAACAGAAAUAACUUAUCACACAGAUUCGAUUCACAUAAUUUAUUUUCUUCUCUUGUGAGGAUGAAAAGUUCAUGAAAGGGAAAGAGAGUCACAUGGGGUGUCCUCCGGAAACAGAAUCUGUGAAGAAAUAGCGAAAGAUUGUGUUAUUAUCGGGUUAGUUGCUAUAUAUGUUUUAUGUUUCCAUGGCAUCCCUGAUUCAUUGUUAUAAUCAGAAUAAGCCAUGAAUAACAGUGAAUUAUUUUGGAUAUUUUUAACGGAAGGAAGUCAUUAGUUUUAGAAAUGGCUUUAUUGUGAAAAACUCGUCAUAUGGUGAGAAUAUAGAUGACGGAUGAAGUUUCAACUGCUGAUUUUGGCAUUGCUUAUAGUGUUGGUUGAUGUGUUGAGAAGAUGACAAUAAGAAAAAUAUUGAUUGUACAGAAGCGUGCUUCAUGAUCAACUCCAAAUCCAUUGAAAGAAAGCAUGCUAUGCAGAAGCUGAAAUUAUUCCUUAUUCGUUAUCAUCUUAUAAACUUUAACAUUUUUUGUUAUUGUCGUAUCUAAUAUUGAUGUCAAGCUCAUCCCCGAGGAAGCCUAGUGAGAGGGUGGAGCACCUGGACCAAAGUUUCGUUAAAAAUAAUUUCAAAAUUUUACACUUGUAA